GACCAAUUCAUUUCUCAUUCAUUUUGAAGCUUGAAAGGGCUCCAAACUUAACAUUUUUCCUCCCAAAACUGAAUUCUCUUCUUUCCUAAGGGUGUUUGGCCGAAAAUAAUUUUUGGAAAAAAUGAAAUUUCGAAAGGUGACAACCAACCACGUAGUGCCACAUCAUCACUUGUGCUCAACCAAAGUGUUACCCUAAAAUUAGAUUUUUCUAGUUUCUAGUUUUUUUUUUAUUCUAGUUUCUUAUAAGUCAAUGCUAUCCCUAAUUAGUAAGCUAGUAAUUACCUACUAGUUUGGUAAUUAGAUUAGAGUCCGUUGUUUCGCGUCUUUGAUUUUUGUGUGCUUUUCUCGUUUUCAAGCCGUAGUAUUUUGGUUGGUUCAAGUUCAUGCAUCCGUGUCAAAUGAAGAUCCAUUCCGAUUCAAAGCUUCUCACCUCUCAAGUAACUUGCCAAGUAUUGCCGGUUCUCCAACAUUUGUGAAGCCAAGUGUGAGGUGAGAUUGAGUGUGAGUGAAGUGAGGCUUUUGAACUAACUCGUUUGCUUAUUUUGUAGGUUAUUUUGCUUGCUGUUUUUUUUUGCACUUCGUAGGUACAUUUGCCAUGAAAACCGAAGGUACUACUUCCCAACCUUUAGGAAAUGAUGUUAUGGGAGCUUUGAUGGCCCAAAUGGAGGCCUUGAGUCGAGAAAUAAAGAGCGAAAAUGAUGCUAUAAGGAGUGAAUUGGAUGCAAUGAGGGGUGACAUGAUUAGAAUUAGAGCGAGGGUUGAUAGAUUAUAUCCACCAAAGCCUCCACAAAAUUCAAACCACCAAGUCCCAAAUCCACUUUACUAAAUACCUCACACUCCGCAAAAUUCCAUGCCAUAAAUCCAAAUACAUCACCAAUGUAAUCCAAUGUCUCCUUCCCAAGAUUCACUAAACCGAAAUCACCCCAUACAAUUAAAAGAAGAGAUAGUGAUAGAAUUCGAGGGUGAUGAGGUCGGUUUUCAAGAUGGAGAGAAACUUGAUGUUGAGAUACAAGAAGAAUGUAAAGAAGAGAAGGAAAAGGAAAGGGAAGUCGCGGAUAGUGAGGUUGGAAAGGAAAAAAAUUACUUGAUUGUGGGUCUUGUCCACAAAGAACCUUUGUCACUUCCUAACCCAAAAGCUAGCAUUUUGCCUAGCUUUGAUUCUUCUUAUGUGCAGGUACUAGAUGAUAUAAUAAUCAAGAAGGAUCCAAAGGGAGUUCCACAUGAAAGCAUGAGUAAUGAACUAGAGGCUCACUUGACCAAGAGUGCCAAAAAAGUGGACUGCCCAAGCCUUACCCGAGGUGUGAAUUUGAGGACAAAUUCCUUUCAAGAUGGAGAGGAUGAUACAAGCAUAGCACAAAGAGUACGAGGUAAUGUCAAAGGUUCAAGUUGCGGAUUGAAGACCCUUUUGGAGCCUUUCAAGCCUUGUUCAUGCAAAUAGAAGCUUAGCCUUGUGAAGAAGAGCUUUUAAUACACUCCAAGGCAGCCUUGAAUAUACUCCAAAGGUGCCCCAACUUAGGGACAUUAUGGUCUUUUUAGACUACCUUUUUACGCUCCAAAGGAGCACCCUUCAUUAAGGGUAUUUUGAUCUUUUAUGUAAUAAGCUAUAAAUAGAUUCCUUAGGCUUAUUUUUCAUUAGACUUUUGAUGAUA